CCCCGCGCCGCUGCCCGCCCCGCCCGGAGGUCCCGCGUGGAGCUGCCGCCGCCGCCGGGGAGGAGGAGGAUGAAGGACAAACAGAAGAGGAAGAAGGAGCGCACGUGGGCCGAGGCCGCGCGCCUGGUACUGGAAAACUAUUCGGAUGCUCCAAUGACACCCAAACAGAUUCUGCAGGUCAUAGAGGCAGAAGGACUAAAGGAAAUGAGAAGUGGGACAUCCCCUCUCGCAUGUCUUAAUGCCAUGCUACAUUCCAAUUCCAGAGGAGGAGAGGGGUUAUUUUAUAAACUACCUGGCCGAAUCAGCCUUUUUACACUCAAGAAGGAUGCCCUGCAGUGGUCUCGCAGUGCAGCUGUGGUGGAGGGAGAGGAGCCAGAGGACACAGCUGAUGUGGAGAGCUGUGGGUCUAAUGAAGCCAGCACUGUGAGUGGUGAAAACGAUGUUUCUCUCGAUGAAACAUCUUCGAAUGCUUCCUGUUCUACGGAAUCUCAGAGUCGGCCUCUUUCCAACCCCAGGGACAGCUACAGAGCUUCGUCACAGGCAAACAAGCAGAAGAAAAAGACAGGGGUGAUGCUGCCUCGAGUUGUCCUGACUCCUCUGAAGGUAAACGGGGCCCACGUGGAAUCAGCAUCAGGGUUCUCGGGCCGCCACGCCGAUGGCGAGAGCGGCAGCCCAUCCAGCAGCAGCGGCGGCUCUCCGGCCCUGGGCAGCGCUGCUAUCCGUGGCCAGGCCGAGCUCGCCCGGGACCCUGCCCCGCUCCUAAGAGGCUUCCGGAAGCCGGCCACAGGUCAAAUGAAGCGCAACAGAGGGGAAGAGAUAGAUUUUGAGACGCCUGGGUCCAUUCUUGUCAACACCAACCUCCGGGCCCUGAUCAACUCGCGGACCUUCCAUGCCCUGCCGUCCCACUUCCAGCAGCAGCUCCUCUUCCUCCUGCCCGAAGUAGACAGACAGGUGGGGACUGAUGGCCUGUUACGUCUCAGCAGUAGCGCGCUGAACAAUGAGUUUUUCACCCACGCAGCUCAGAGCUGGCGGGAACGCCUGGCUGAUGGUGAAUUCACUCAUGAGAUGCAGGUCAGGAUACGACAAGAAAUGGAGAAGGAAAAGAAAGUGGAACAAUGGAAAGAAAAGUUUUUCGAAGACUACUAUGGACAGAAGUUGGGUUUAACCAAAGAAGAGUCAUUGCAGCAGAAUGUGGGCCAGGAGGAGGCUGAAAUCAAGAGUGACCUGCGUGUCUCGGAAUCAACACGACCACAGCGUGGCCCAGCCACCCGGCAGCGAGAUGGGCAUUUCAAGAAACGCUCUCGGCCAGAUCUUCGAACCAGAGCCCGAAGGAAUCUGUACAAAAGACAGGAGCCAGAACAAGCAGAGAUCGCUAAAGACACACAGUCCGUGGCACUAGACAUCCCCCUCCACAAGGACGGGGAGGCUAAGACCGACGCAACAGGGGUGGGCAGCCCCCACCCACCUGGCACGUCCUCCGCAGCAUCCAACCCAGAGAGUCCCGAAUUCCCAGCGGAAACUGUGGCCUCCCAGCUCCAGCCCAGUCCCAAUGACCCAGCACGUGUCUCUGCAUCUCCAGACAGAAUUCCCAGCUUGCUGCAGGAGACAGUGGAUCAGGAACCCAAGGAUCAGAAGAGGAAAUCCUUUGAGCAGGCGACCUCUGCCUCCUUUCCCGAAAAGAAGCCCCGGCUUGAAGAUCGUCAGUCCUUUCGUAACACAAUUGAAAGUGUUCACCCCGAAAAGCCACAGCCCACCAAAGAGGAGCCCAAAGUCCCGCCCAUCCGGAUUCAACUUUCACGUAUCAAACCACCCUGGGUGGUUAAAGGUCAGCCCACUUACCAGAUAUGUCCCCGCAUCGUCCCCAUCACGGAGUCCUCCUGCCGGGGCUGGACUGGUGCCAGGACCCUUGCAGACAUUAAAGCCCGUGCUCUGCAGGUCCGAGGGGCGAGAGGCCACCACUGCCAUCGAGAGGCGGCCACCACUGCCAUCGGAGGUGGGGGUGGCCCGGGUGGAGGUGGCGGCGGGGCCACCGAUGAGGGAGGUGGCAGAGGCGGCGGCAGUGGUGAUGGUGGUGAGGCCUGUGGCCACCCUGAGCCCCGGGGAGCCCCGAGUGCCCCUGGAGAGCGUGCGUCAGAUCUACAGCGAACACAACUACUGCCGCCUUGUCCUCUAAGUGGGGGUCAUGCCCAGGCCGAAACUGCCGUGUCCAGAGCCAGGAGAGAGGACCUGGCUUCUCUCAGAAAGGGGAAGAGCUGCCCACUCCAGAGGGUCCUAGAUGGCCCCAGCAGCGGGCUGGAAGAUGCCUUCCAACUCCCCGUUGCACCCACUCAGGACCCGCCAUGCCAGGCUUUGCCCCCACUGCCCUCUAGAAUCCCAGAACCUGAGAGGUUAGUUGAGCAGCUUGUGUUGCAUCCAGAAGGUAGAACUGAAUGUGGGUCUGGUACCACUGCCUGGGAAAGGGGUGAUGAGGAGCCAGCACCUACGAUCCCCUCAGAGAACAGUCCUGUUCGGGCUCUGGCGAGGCCUAUUGGAUUAGAAGAAGGAACUGGCCAGGCUCCAGACAGCGGCAGUAAUCCCACCAUGAAGAAUCUUGUGAACGUGACCCCCAGUUCCAUCCCCGAAUCAUCCUUGGCCAGUUGCCUGCAAGACAGACCAUUUGAUGAUGAAUCAGAACUUGAUGACUCGGGUCCAUCCACCAGGGAAAGUGCUUCUAGACAGGAAAACUUGAAAACUGAGGCUCCUGUCUCCCCUGGUGCUGCUCCUUGGAGGCCUGGCCUGUCAAAUGACAAGGCAGCAGGACAACCUGAGCCCGACUCCAGAGAAGAGGUUCCAUCCGCUAAGUCCCAGGUCAGAGAGAAGUGGGAGAAAGCGGCCCCCCUCAUCCCGGCAUCGCCUGCGGGCUUGACAGCGGAGGAGGGUCUGGAUCCGCCUGUCUGCUUGGCUUCACUCUGGACAGUGCCCUCUGGCUGUGUUGACAGUGGCGACAGCGGCAGCAGCAACUGCAGCGACUGCAAACAGCUGGACGGUGACAAGCCCAGAGUCACUGGAGACUCGGAAGCCCUGAGUCCUCACAGCGAGUCCACAGACACCGCCUCUGACUGUGAGGGCCACCUCUCCGAGGACAGCAGUGAGGCCGAGCCUAGUGCAGCCUUGGGGCUGAAGAGGUCCUUGGUGGCAGAGCAGGGUGAGAGAAACAACCGGAACCGCUGUGCCUCGCUCUCCAAGGUGAAUGGCAACCUGAGUCUGGUCCCCAGGACAGAUGGGAUGGUUGCUCCUCAGAGCUGGGUGUCUCGAGUAUGUGCAGUUCCCCCAAAGAUCCCGGACUCCCUGCUGCUGGCCAGUCCCGAGUACCAGCCGAGACCCGUGUCCCUGGGCAGGCCCACGUCCUCCAUGGAGGCUGCUAACCCCCUUGUGAUGCAGUUGCUGCAGGGCCACUUGCCCCUCGAGAAGGUUCUCCCUCCAGCCCACGGCGGCAGCAAACCCGAACCCCCACGACUCCCACUUACAGCAGAGCAGAGCCCUGGUGGCUCCCUGGGGGUGGGGUCAUUGCAGGAUCCUGGGGAGAACAGGUGCGAAGUUGGCAAGAGCAGUCCAGAGUCUCUGCUACCUGAGACCUGUGAAGCAAGUACCGGCUUUGCCCGGCUGGAGGCCAGCCAGGCUCCUGGGGCACCCCUAAAGAUGUCCAAGAACGCCCUGAGUUUAGACUCUCUAUAUCCAGUGACCAAUCCAGUGGCUGCCUCUGGAAAAGCAGAAGUGGAUUUCAAAGAGCAGUUACCUCCCUUCAGCUUUGAAGAUCAGAAGGAAGCCCGUGACCUGUCCCAGUGCAGUAUUUCAACUGCUGCCCCAGGUGUGAGUCUGGGAAAUCUCACUACCUCGAGAGCCCCUCUUUUCUCAUCUCCAAAUGCGGUCUCCUCGGGUCCCGAUCAGGCAGGUCGGGCCCUGGGGGAUCAGAACAGUGCAGGAGGCCAAGGGAAGAAGCUCUUUGGCUCCAAGAACACAGCUGCAGCCCUUCAGUGCCCCCAGCUGGUGGAGCCGACGCCACUGCCUGCGGAUGCCCCUCCCGCUUUUCCCAAUAGGAAGUCAGGGCCAGGCAAAACCUCUCUGUCUGGUGGGGUACAGACUGCCAGGGAAGACUGGGUCCCAAAGCCACCGCCUUCCUCUGUUGGCAGCAUCAAGAGCGAGAAGACUCUUGGUGGAGGGCCUCUCAAGGCGGAUGCGGAGAACAGAAAGGCAGUGGGGCCUGGUCCCCGGGAUCUGGUGGAUCACUUGCAAGGGAUGCCCUUUGUCCUUGAUUUGCCUUUCUGGAAAUUACCCCGGGAGCCCGGGAAAGGGCUCAGUCAGCCUCUGGAGCCUUCUUCCAUCCCCUCCCAACUCAACAUCAAGCAGGCAUUUUAUGGGAAGCUUUCCAAACUCCAGCUGAGUUCCACCAGCUUUAAUUAUUCCUCCGGCUCCCCCCCAUUUCCCAAAGGCCUGGCCGGAAGUGUGGUGCAGCUGAGCCACAAAGCAAACUUUGGUGCAAGCCACAGUGCAUCCCUCUCCUUGCAAAUGUUCACCGACAGCAGCACAGUGGAAAGCAUCUCGCUCCAGUGUGCGUGCAGCCUGAAAGCCAUGAUCAUGUGCCAGGGCUGCGGUGCGUUCUGUCAUGAUGACUGUAUUGGACCCUCAAAGCUCUGUGUAUUGUGCCUUGUGGUGAGAUAAUAAAUUAUGGCCAUGGGAAAAGUUGUAUAUUUAAUGUGUGUAUUUUGAUAAUGAUGGAUCUUAAAUCUGUAUACAGAAUAUCAUUGAUAAAACAGACUCUGUCUUUCUAGGCAAGAGUUCUCUUGCUGCUCCCUGAAUCUACAGUGCUAAAGCCCCUUGGCCACUUGUCGGCCCUUUGGGUCUUGGGAAGGGUUUCCUGCAGGGCAGCUCGCUGGGCUGCCUAAGGCCGGCCAGCUAGCCCGAGCUCUCGUCACAGAGACAGAGCCUGGUGCGAUGUGGGGGAGCCUCCCUGAGACUUGGAGGGUCUUGAAACUGAAGCGAGAAGGUUGUGUUCUCCACCCAGGGGGCUAACCUACCCGAACUGAGUAGAAAUGUCAGUCUUCCACUGCCCCCUGCAUCUUUCCUGCGGCUGCUCCUCUGGGGAGUUGAUGGGGAAGAAGCCAGCACAGGGUUAAAGCAGCUCCCAGCAGUGCCCACCAGGGGGCUUAAGCACCUGCUGACCUCAGGGUCACAGCCAGUCAUUUGCCAGUUGAUGGAGCCAGUGUGAUCUUCGGUUCUGUUGCUGAGGCCAAUUUGCCCUGUCUCCGAAUAACCCACUGGCCUGCAGGAGCUUUCGGAACCUCGAACAGACCUUGGACAACAGGUCAGGGCUAGGAUUGUCUUUCCUCCUUGUAAGUCAGGUGUCCAGACGUUUGGCAGGUGAAUUCAUCUGCGCAACAGCUUGGGCAUCACUUUGGACUCUGUGGGAGUGGGCAUCUCCAACACACCUGUGUAUGUGAAACUCAUUUUACAUUUCAAAGCAGUGUGUUUUUCUUAUUUUUAUAUUUUUAACUCUUUAUCCUUGGAUGUAUAAAGUGAACUUUUGGCUUCUGUAAGUAUGCUCUAUGCACCUCUGAUGUUUUACCAUAUAUUUAUAUGUUGUACACAGUACUGGCCGAUUCUGUAAAUGGAUGUAUUGUACAGAGAACACGAACGACUCUCCCUUAUUUCGCGUCUUCAGCAUCGUUGCAUUAAAGUGGUGUAAUUGACUUCUCUCCACCCGUGUCAGAGCCACUGCGUGCUGUGCCGCCCAACACGAGGGGUGGAGCGAUUGACUUAACGACCUGCCGGUUGUCCCGGUGUUUGGUCACCGGUCAGCCGCUGGACCUGCUGCAGCUGCAGAGCCACUGGCAGCCUGGCCACUCGUUGCUGGGCAAACUUGUCUUGCUCCUCAUCUCUUCUCCAGCCUUCAGUGGCAGCUCGCUGCCGUGUGUGACAGAUCACCACUACCAGUGUUAAGUGCUUCUGGAUUCUCGGGUGAGCGCCCUGGGCAGCCCCCAGGUGGGCCUUCCGUUCCCAGCUCCAGGCUCACCACCUGUCUGCAGUAACCGGGGACCACACUCUCCUGGGGCCGCAGGGCUCCACUGGACACACCUGUGACAGCAGGUUAAGGAAGAAGCAGCUGUGCCAGCCUCCGGCCUCUCUCCCAACAUGUUCCCAGCAAGUAGAUGUGUCCAGAGCUGUCUUGCCUCCUGCUUCCUGCCUUAUCUUGUACCUCGAGUUGUGAGUCGAGCCUCCUCCUCGUUGAACUUAGGUCUCACUGUGCGAGUGCGUCUGUGUGAGCUGUGAAGUUGGUGUGACUUCAGCAAGCCUCGUUUCAUCUGGAAGGUCUUGUCUUUCCCCCACUUUCCCUCCAGUGUGGCAUUUGUGUCAUCUGCAGCACGAGUGGGAAGUUGGCAAAGUCGUGGUGAUUUAAGUGCAGUAUUGGCCAAGUCCCGGUUGUCAGCUUCCAGAGUCUUGUUUACCAAAGACAGGGAGCAGAGGCCCAAGCGUGUUUGAUCCUCUUCUUCCUUCUGCUGUGACCUUUGGGGCCACUCGAGGGGACAGUUGGGAACUGGUCCGCCAGGGAAAGCACUGCUCUUGUAUGUCUCUGUGGUCUUGGAAAAAUAAACCUGUACAACGUGCA